AUGGCUUCCACAUUUAUUACUGCUAAUAACACACCUAGAAAACUUAAUGUGAAUUUACCAAGAUAUCCUUAUAGAUUGCUUGAUGAAGUAACUAGGAGGGAAAAGGAAGCACUUGCACAAAAACAUGAAGAUGAAGAGGCUAGAAAUAAUAAUAAACCAGAUAUGAUUACAAAAUUAGAUAUAUUUAAAACAGACUCAUUUUUGAAUGAUGAUAAGGCCAUCAUUGGGUACGCAACUAUUCCUCAAGUAGUCAUUAAUUCCCUUGAAAGAAUGCUUGGAGAUAUUUCAGGACUUCCACGCACUAUUGGUAAUGGAACCCUAGAAAAAAAAGAAAGCGAUAACAAUCAUAAAAAUGAUUCUGAUAUUAUUCCUUAUAACCUGAAUGGAUUUUCAAAUAGUUCAAAAAAAAUCAUGAAAUCAGAUAUCAAGAAUAUGAGCAAAGAAAAGACAAAUGCUGGCUUUGGACCAAUUCAUGGUGAAGCAAGGCAAAAAAUUUUUGAUAACCCAAACAAUAAUAAAGAAUUUGACAAACUUGAUAAUAUUUUAUCACUACUUCAAGAAUUACGGAAUAAUGACCAUAACAUCCAUGAGAUUAUGACACAAUCACAAACUUUUCAAAGACACAUAGAAAAGUUAGAGUCAGAACUUAAACAAACAAAUGCUCAAUUGAACACUGAAACAAAAAAACAUUCUGAUGAAACACAUAGUUUUAAAUUAAAAGAAAGUCAACUUCGAUCUGAGAUAGCUGCACUAAAAAAUGGUUCAUUACAGCAAGAAAACAAAAUUAAUCUUGCACAAAGUCAAUUGAAAUCGCUUGAAAAACAAAAUCAAUCAUUUAUCCAAGAAAAUGAUAAACUGAAACAAUCGGAAAGAAAUCUGGAAAUUAAAAUUUGUAAGAUUGAUGCUGAUUUGGCAAGCGCAAGAACAAAGAUCUCUGAACUUGAGCAUGAAAAUCAACAUAAGCUUGCCGAAAAUGAUAAUUCAUGGGAGAACAAAGAAAAUUCUUUAAAAUCAGAACUUUAUGCAACUGAACGAUCAUUGAAAGAGCUCAAAGCAUUUCAAGAACAAUUAAAAGCUGGUGCAUCAAUUGAUCAAAUAAUAAAGGAUCGUCAAGGAGAGCUUGAAAAGCAGCUGAAAGAUCUUACUGCAAAGAAUCACCUUGAGAAAAGGUUGUCUGAAGUUCAAUCAAGCAAAAAUGCAGAAAAUGAGUUAAUCAAUAAAGAACUCAGUGUUCUUCGAGCAGAAAACAGUCGUCUCAAGACUGAAACAAAAGAAUCUUCAGAAAUCCAUAGAAAGAAUCAAAGCCUCGAAGAACAAACUGCUGAACUUUCAAAGUUAAGACCUCAUAUUAAAAGUUUGGAAAAGCAUGUUGCAGAACUCGAGAGAGUCUGCCAACACAUGAGUGAAUCAGAAUCUCAUGCUGUUGAUCUACUUGAACGAAAUAAAGACUUGGAGAAUCAAGUAGCCGAGCUUAGUGUGCUCCGUAAACGUUUAAGAGAUUCAGAUAAUCAAAUAAAUGAAUUGCGUAGUAUUCAAAAACGGAUCACUGAGCUGGAAACUGUACAAACUGCAUAUGAUAAGCAAAAAAAAAAAUCAAUUGCAAAAUUACGUAAAUUCAUCUCUUGA